GGCUGGAUCCCUACCUGUAAGCAAGAUGCCGAACUCAUGCAAAGACAUCCGGGAUGCAUUGGCCCAAUGUCUCCAGGAAUCCGAUUGCAUCAUGGUGCAGCGCCACACUCCCCGUGAAUGCUUGAGCGAGCCGCUAGUUGAUACACUGCCCAUGCGAUGCCAACAGCUGCGGAAAGGGUUCGGCGAGUGCAAGCGGGGUUUGAUCGAUAUGCGCAAGCGAUUCCGCGGAAACCAGCCACUCGCGGGCGCCAGCGAAAUGGAAGGCGGGAAGCGGAACAAGCCUGAACAGUUAUAUGCUGGGAAGCCUGCAUUUGAGUCUGUCAAAGAGAUUAGUGGGGAUGAGGUCCAGAUGGAUCCUGAGAAAACAAGGGGCCUGUGAGGGGAUGUUUCGAUGCUGUCUCAGUGCC